GUCAUUGUUUUUAAGACCAAGUAGAAGUCACUUUAUGGGUCAAGACUUAGCACUAAAGCCAAGAGACCAAAAAGACUAAAACAAUGAUGGAGUCAUUCAAGUGUUAUGUUUGAGUGAGAGUCUUUUCUAAGCUUACGAAGUUUCAGGGCAGAAGACAUGCACAGCUUCUGAUUCCUCUCCAAUUCAUUCAACUUCCAAGGUAGGUGGAUUAUUGUUCUAAGAGGUAGGCCUUGAGCCAGAGUGGAAAACAAUGAAUUGCUUAUGUGAGAAAGACUCUGGUCUAUUUUCUUCUCAUUCAACAGCUCCCUAUGUUCUUGGAUGCCCAUCAUGGGCGACUUCUGAAUUUGAAGUCCAACGAUCAUCUAUGUCCAGAAGUUUGAGCUCAAAAGUGGAUGUUCUUCCACAACAAUGCCACAAUAGCAAGACAUUUAAUUUUCAAUUCCAAGAACAGGAUGCAUCUUCAACCAAAUCCACUGAUCAAUCUUAUCCAGAAGUUGGUACGGUACAAUCCGGUCAAAUUUCUGUCCAGCAUAGUUCUACUGAUUCAACACUUAUCAGAAAUGAGGGGAAGAGUAUGGGAUGUGUCAUCAGGUCAUUUAUGGGGAGUCAGGAUUUCCCUUUCCCUCCUCCACUACUGGAUCACAGACCAAUACUUGCGCAUAUUGCAUGUCACUAUGCUGAUCCAUGCUAUAGUGGUCUAGUGGCUGCUGCAUAUAGUCCACAGUCUAAGCCAGUGGAAACUGCUCCUGUUCGAAUUCCUCUUCAAUUGGAUUUUGCAGAAGAACCUAUAUACGUGAAUUCAAAGCAGUACCAUGCUAUUCUGAGGCGAAGACAGUAUCGAGCAAAACUCGAAGCGCUUAACAAACCCAUCAAGGAUCGGAAACCGUAUCUUCACGAGUCUCGCCAUCAACAUGCACUGAAGAGAGCUAGAGGCGCUGGUGGACGCUUUCUCAAUACAAAAAAACAAUUACAAUCAAAUCAUACACCUGGGAAUAUUGCAGAAUCAAAAAUGCAUCACAUUGAAAACUAUAGAGAUGGUGCUGAUGUCUCAUAUGCAUUUAACAGUGAUGCAAGAAACAUGCAGAAUGAUGCAGCUGAUAAGGGUGGUGGCACCACUCAGCACCCUCUAUUUGUCUACAUGUGACUAAACUGGCUUGUUGUUGGGCACAUCACUUUGCUUGUGUUGUGUUCCAUUGGGAAGUCAUCCUUGGCUCAUCUUUUAUUAUGUAGUUACGAUUAUUGCUAAUUUUGAUUUUCGUCGACAUUGACAUGGACGUAUUGUAUACCCUAAAAUUGUUUGACACUGACUUGUCAAAAACAAUGUUUUUCUAUGUUAAUACCAUAUCUGCAACAUGUCUAAUUGAAAUGCGAUUAUGUGGUUUCCAA